CGUAGGCCGCGCACUGGGGGAGGGGUGUGCCGCGGCGUCUAGAGUCGCGUCCGUCCUGGUCCUCCCGCGCGCCCGGUAGCCCGCCGGUCCUCCUGCAGCCCGCCUGCUGGGCUGGGCCGGCUCGGCCGGGCCAUGGAGUCCUACGACAUCAUCGCCAACCAGCCCGUGGUCAUCGACAACGGUUCAGGGGUGAUCAAGGCUGGCUUUGCAGGAGACCAGAUUCCUAAGUACUGUUUCCCAAACUAUGUGGGGCGGCCGAAGCACAUGCGGGUUAUGGCAGGAGCCCUGGAGGGAGACCUGUUCAUUGGACCGAAAGCAGAGGAGCACCGGGGGCUACUGACCAUCCGCUACCCCAUGGAGCAUGGGGUGGUGCGGGACUGGAACGACAUGGAGCGCAUCUGGCAGUACGUGUACUCCAAGGAUCAGCUGCAGACCUUCUCGGAGGAGCACCCAGUUCUCCUGACGGAGGCCCCGCUGAACCCCAGUAAGAACCGAGAGAAGGCGGCAGAGGUGUUCUUCGAGACCUUCAAUGUCCCUGCACUGUUUAUCUCCAUGCAGGCCGUGCUCAGCCUGUACGCAACAGGACGCACAACAGGAGUGGUUUUGGACUCGGGGGACGGGGUCACUCAUGCUGUCCCCAUCUAUGAGGGCUUUGCCAUGCCACACUCCAUCAUGCGGGUAGACAUUGCGGGCCGUGACGUCUCUCGGUAUCUGAGGCUGCUGCUGCGCAAGGAGGGGGCUGACUUCCACACCUCGGCUGAGUUUGAGGUUGUCCGGACCAUCAAAGAGCGGGCCUGCUACCUGUCCAUCAACCCACAAAAGGACGAGGCUUUGGAGACAGAGAAGGUGCAGUACACCCUUCCAGAUGGCAGCACGCUUGACGUGGGGCCUGCACGCUUCCGGGCCCCCGAGCUGCUGUUCCAGCCAGACCUGGUGGGGGACGAGAGUGAGGGGCUCCACGAAGUGCUGGCCUUCGCCAUCCACAAGUCCGACAUGGAUCUUCGCCGGACGCUCUUCUCCAACAUCGUGCUUUCUGGGGGCUCAACACUCUUUAAAGGCUUUGGAGACAGGCUGCUAAGUGAGGUGAAGAAGCUUGCCCCGAAGGACGUCAAGAUCAAGAUCUCAGCUCCUCAGGAACGGCUGUACUCCACAUGGAUCGGCGGCUCCAUCCUUGCCUCCCUGGACACCUUCAAGAAGAUGUGGGUAUCCAAAAAGGAAUAUGAAGAAGACGGUUCCCGUGCGAUUCAUCGCAAAACCUUCUAAUGCCCAAGGAAGGUGGACAUACUGGGAGAGACGGAGGAAAGGGGAGCCAGAGCCCUUGACCCCUUUUGGUCUGGGUUCAUGUUCUAGGCUUAGGGUCCCCUGCAUGCCCUGACCCCGGCGCAGGUGGCGCAGUCGUGCUCACCUGUAGCCAUCCCCUCCCCUGUGCUCAACACACACACACACACACACACACAGAGUAAUGUCUAGCUGCAUGGAUGGCAGUCCCAGCUGGAGCAUAGAAGUUGAACCCAACAUUGAGUUGGUGUGGAUGACCCUCUAGGCAGAGCCACUGGCCUAUGGUUCCGUGCUCCAGCUUUGAAGUUCCAAGACCAGACACUCUCGCGCUCCCUUUGCUCUAAGAGGCUCCCCAUGGGGCUUGAGCCCCUGGUGUGGCUGAAGGGAGGGAGGGCAGCGGGAGCUCCUGUGGGGUGGUGAGGCACGUUGGUGUGUUUCGUGCCACCUCCUCUUUCUGGCCUGACAGGGCUGCCUAGACCCUUGCACACCCAGUCCUGCUGGGCAAAUGUCCUAGAUAGGACUGGCUGGGGAACAGUCCUCCAUUCCCAAUGAGGGAGUGUGGCCCAGGGUCAGAGCGUCAGAGCCAUGGGUGGCCACAGCUGGUGGCUUGCCCCACUCCCUUUCAAAGCGCUACAAUGAUCUGCUUUUCCCUCGGUGCCCUGGACAGGAAGGGGUUAAUGAUCUGUAUUUGCUGAGGAAAAGCCACUUAAUCAGGACUUAGGCCCAAAGGGUAGGUGGGUCCUCAACCUCCCUCAAGAAAGGUCUUCGCUGGGACCUGGGUCCCACCUCCCUCUCCAGAUCUGAACAAUAAUUUAACACAGUUGCCUGAAAAAUAAUUCUUUUUAUAAAUCAUUAUAGUAAUAAUUAUGGACAAAGCCCACUGUGUGGCUCUGAUUCUUGUGGCUCUGUGUGCUCUCAUUUGCUCACCCAUCUCUGGGGAUGCUGAGAGAAAGGACCAGAGGAAACUCAGCAUGACACUGGCAUAGCUCAGGAGUUUGAGGCCUUCCGUGGUUGGCAGGGCAACAGGACAAACUAGAGCUGCCUCUGUACCCUCUUGCUGUGACCUGCUAGGGGAGGCAGAGCCAGGCUGCUUUCCCUGCAUGCUCCUGGACAGGGCUGCUGGGUGGGCCUCACAUCUCACAUAUCAUGUUGGGGGCACCUCCACAGGCCUGCCGGGAUGGUGCGGGUGCCAGCAGUGAUGCAGGCUUGUCAGCUUAGGGCAGGAUGAGGAGGGAGGGCCAGCCCGGGAAUGGACUAGUCUGAGGGAAGCAGCAGAGCAGUCUGCGGGAGCGCUGCAGGCAGUGGGAGCCCAGCAAGUAGGGAGUCUGCAUGCCGAAUGUCAGCACCUACAGGAUCCGGCUUUGCCCCCUCAGAGCAUUCAGCUUAGAGGAUAGACAGCAGCCAUUUUGGAGCAGCACUGGGCAGACACCUGAACCCACAGGUGGGCUCGCUGGCUCCUAGGAGCGCCAGUCAAUUGGUGGGUAGGGAGAGUCCUUUGAUAGUGAGGCAGGAAGGCAGGGAGAGUCGGCAAGGAAGGGUAAAUUGGUCUGUGGCACAGAGACAUAAACCAAAGAGGUUGGCUGGGCUAGCAUGUGGAAGGCCUGGAGAAGGAUGUUAGCUGUGUGCUACGUGACAAGUUUUUACCAGAACAGUGACCCAGAACCAAGGGUUGAAAGCUUUAGGCCAAAGUACUGAUGAGGAUGUGUGCAGGGGAUUCUGUGCGGCCGUGUGGCCACAGCAGAGCAUCAAAGCUUACACAGAAACCUUUGCUGAGGGGCCCUGGCUCCUGGUCACCUUGUUUGGAACCUUACUGCUGAGCUCCUCAUACGCCCCACGCUUUGUCGGUCUCCUGCAGUACCUUUGCUACCCAUCUUUUCCCACUAGGGCCACCCCUAGCCUAGCUCAUGACCCUGCUCCAAUCUGCCCACCCAGUAUAUUUUUGCUCAUAAUCUACUGUGCGCGGGUAACCACCUCAAACCUGUAAUGAGUUAUAAGCCAUACAAUAAAAUAUUCAUGAGUCCUUA